AUGGCGAGAUUCAGUCUCUUCUUAGUAGUUCUAGGGAUUCUUCUUGUUACAGAUGUUUCUUGUGUAGUAGAUCCACCAACAAUUGCUCCAGUAAGUGGUAACGAUUCUCCAGUUUCACAACCGCCGAUUCAAAACGUUGAAGCUCCAUCACCAGCAGCAGCGGCAUCAAUUCUGACAUCUCCACCGUCUCCUCCACCAUCAGAUGAUCUUUCCUCUAAAAACACCUCUUCUUCUCCAUCACCAUUGCAGUCGGAUUCUCCGUCGCCGUCGCCAGAGAGUGAUGUUGGUAAUGUAACAAAGAAAUCUUCUCCUCCUCCUCCUUCAUCAUCAUCAAUUUCUUCAGGAAAGAAGGUUGGAAUUGUAGUUGGUGUGUUGAUCGGUGCAGUUCUUGUUGGAUUAGGAGGAUUUGUCUAUAAGAAGCGUCAAGAUAAUAUCCGAAGAGCUCAGUAUGGAUCUUAUGUUUGA